CCCAGUUGCCACAGCAUGGCCACCGCCAACUCUGUAAGUCCCCUUGGCUGCUCUACCCACAGCAAGGGACGGGGCUGGAGCCGGCCAGACUCACAGCCCACUCGGACUGCUUUUUUUGGUCAGGACAGAGAAGCUGAGGGUGGAAUCCAAAAGUGGGAGAAAGAAGAGAAAGAGGAAGAGGAAGAGGAAGAGGAGGCAGUAGCAGCAGCAGCAGCAGCAGCAGCAGCAGCAGCAGCAGCAGCAGCAGCAGCAGCAGGAGGGGCCUCAAUGGAAGAGGAGGGUCUGGACUCUCCCAGGGACCUCUUUUCUCUGAGGAGCAAGGCCCGGGAUGAGGGCCCCAUGGAGGUCAAGCCAGAGCUGCACCUUCUGCAGAGCAGGUGGGCUCUGUGGUUCUUCAAGAAUGACCGCAGCCGGGCCUGGCAGGACAACCUGCAUCUGGUCACCAAGUUUGACACUGUGGAGGACUUCUGGGCGGUGUACAAUCACACCCAGCUGGCCAGUAAGCUCUCUUCCGGCUGUGACUAUGCCCUGUUCAAGGAUGGCAUCAAACCCAUGUGGGAAGAUCCCAGGAAUAAGCGGGGUGGUCGCUGGCUGGUCAGCCUCUCCAAACAGCAGCGCCACAUCGAGCUGGACCGCCUGUGGCUGGAGACACUACUGUGUCUCAUUGGCGAGAGCUUUGAGGAGUACAGCCGAGACGUGUGUGGGGCUGUCAUCAAUAUCCGCACCAAGGGGGACAAGAUUUCCGUGUGGACUCGGGAGGCAGAGAACCAGACAGGCGUGCUCCACAUUGGGCGUGUCUACAAAGAGCGCUUGGGACUCUCCACAAAGAUCGUCAUUGGAUACCAGGCUCAUGCAGACACGGCCACCAAGAGCAAUACCCUAGCCAAGAACAAGUUUGUGGUGUGAGAGGACCUUGGCACCACUCCCCGUGCAGCCACCCCUGAGCCUCUCACUGCUGGGUGUCGAUCCUGAGCAGGACUGGAGGGUCAGAGGGCCUGGUUCUCACCUAUUCUAGAAUGAACAAACACUUUUUAACAUGAGUUUGGGCCCAGGCUCUAGUCUGUAAGUG